UGUGAAUACUUUUCACAUCCUUCAAUUGUGACACAUAUGCACAUGGGCUUUAUUGGGAUAAUAUGUAUUAUUAGUGGUUAAAAAAAGAGGUAGGCCUAUGUUGUUUGAAAUUAUUAACCAGGAUCUCACACACACACACACACACACACACACACUUAAACAAGAGGAUGGAGGAUGGUGGCAAUGAAUGGAGUCAUCCAGGGUCUCUGCUGCCCCUCCUCUGAAGACCUCACCCCUCCACUUUUGGCUCAGUUCUCCCGUAUAAACUGAAAUGCGGUCAGUUUUAGAGGUUUAGCAUGGAGCAGUGUGUUCUCAGGAGGAGCUGAAGGAGAGCGUGGACCCUGUUCUGGAGUCUUAGCUGAACUUCAGAGGAGCGGGAUGAGCAGGGAGCCGGAGCGGCCGCGGGUUCAUCUCCUGCCCGGCUGGUUGCUUAUUUUCAGCCUAAUGGCACUGAGGGCUCACGCCAUCGAGACAGUGAAUGUGGCCGAUUUCUGCGGCCAGACGGUUCAGGCGGACGGCAUGGUCGUCAGAUCCCACCAAGAGUCACGGAAGUAUUACUUCGUCACCAAAGGCACCGACUGCCACCUCACCAUGCUGUCAGCCACGCCCCGGGACAAGGUGCAGUUCCACUUCCGCUUCUUCCUCGUCUACAGCCUGCUGAGGGUGUCCCCCUUCAGCCCCGUGCCUCUUUCGCCCGAGUCCGCCAAGGGGCCACCGUUUUUAGGCCCGACCCGGGCUGAAACUCGAAUGGAGCCCACUCCUGGAGAGGGUGCUGCUGCAGAGGCAGACCCCUGCCACGCUGGCUCCUAUAUCCAGUUCUACGAUGGACGGGAUAAAACGGCACCCCCUAUUGGCCCACCGCUGUGUGGCAAGAGCCCGCCUCGUCCGGUCCUGUCGACUGGGCCCUAUCUGACCCUGCGAUUGGUGACCAGAGGGACCCAGCCCCGGGUGGACUUCGUGGGAGACUUCACAUCAUUCAGACUGGGGUUUAAUCAGUCUGAAUGCAGUGGGGAGCCCUACUUCAACUGCCGUAAUGGAAAGUGCAUACCCAUGAGUCUGGUUUGUGACGACGACAAAGGACUCGACAACUGCGGUGACGGAACAGACCUGCAAGACUACCCAGGAUGCCUCAGUUUGUUGUCUACAGCAGCUGCCCGUCAACCCAUAGUGACUCCUUCUCCAACCGUGCUGAACCUGCCUACCCUCAGGGCAACACCUCUGGAGAAGUGUAGUGGGCCUAAUGCCAUCCCCGACUUGGACUCUAUUACAGACUCGCAGACGUACGUCUCUCUGCUGGCCCUGUACGUGGUUCUGGGCGUGACGGCCGGCUCUGUGGUGCUAUGCUGGUGUUGCUGGUCCCCCGGCUGGUUCCUGUGGCGGGUGAGUGUGUGUCGUUUCCUGCCCUGCUGUAACUCCUGCUGUGCCUCCUGUCAGCUGUGCGGCCGGAGCUGCUCCCCAAACAAAGAGCAUCGUCUGGCUAAGGUCACGCCCCAGGCUGCCCCCUCACCCGUGGCCUCGCCGACCACCGUGGCCGUGUAGACUCACAGAGGCUCCACAAAGGACCAGAGACUUGGCGGGAAACAGGCGGCACUCCAGGAUGGACGCUCAAUAAAGGAAAGCUUUUGUUUGACGAAGGAGGUCGUUGAAUUGGUAGAGUGUGUGUGAUGAUUAGGGCUUGACCGAUGUGAACAUUUUGUCACCAAUGUCUGAUUUAAAGAGCGCAGAAUUCUCAAGACUGAUAAUGAACAGUGACGUUCAUUAGCAAACAUUUUAGUAAAACAGUGCUUUAGUCACAGUUGACAAAUAAACAGCUGUUUGGUUAUUGUUUCCCUUGCAUUUGGGCAUGCAUUUGAAUGAUAUGAACAUUUUGUGUUUGAUAGUGAUGCAGAUAUUUAUUUUCUUAUGUUACAUAAGGUCACUUCAUUCACAAGGUUUUUAUUUAUGUUGCCAACAUAUUCAAAGCAAAAAAUGCUCCUGUAUAGUAUUGAAAACAUGGAGAACAUUGGAGAAACAAUGAUAUUAUUCUGUACAGAAACACUUGACAAAAAAACCCUGAAUAACCUUUUUUCUCAGUGUAGGGGCCACCUAAUUUACUGGCUGUCUAAGGAUUCACCCUAUCGUGGAUCAAAUAAUCACAAAUUGAACUGGUUUGUGCUGGUUUGAGACUUCCAAUCCCAUUUCUAAUUUUCACCCCUACCCAGAUACAGAUAUAAAGCAAUGGGGCGCUAAGUUCAGCAACCUAGCUGCUGGAUAGCUAGUUAACUAUAGGGAAACGUAUGUCUUUAGAAGGGGCAGGUGGUGAAUCAAUUAAUUAGUAUUAUCUACUGCAUACUUCCUAUGUGGUGGGGAGCUAAUAUGAACUUUUAUUAGCUUUUAUUUUAUUUUAUUUUUCCGUUCCACCUUAAAUGCUGCAGCCUCUGCCGCCUGUUGCACCAUUUAAGGUGAAACGGUAAAGUUAGUUAGCAAUGUUUUUUAUAUUACAAUAGAGAUUAUCGCACAUUUUAACAAAGAAAAUACUCAAAUUUGUUGUUUUUUUGGUCGCUUAUGCCUCCAUCUUGCCAGUGAUUCUUAGGACCAAAUGGUAGAGCAAAAGGGUAAAAUGGGCUUAGGCGCUGAAGCCAUGACCCAGGGACCAUGUGUUCAACUUCUUGGUUAUGCUGCUUUGCCAACAGCAGCCGGAGCCUGAGAGAGCACAGUUGGCCAUGCUGUCUCUGGGUGGCUAGAUGGUGCGCUGUUGUAUCAGAGCUGUGAUCUGGCAUUUUGCACUGGUUUCCUCAUAAUGCUGCAUUAGUGGCUGUUCAAAAAGUGGUUGUGGCUGACCUUACAUGUAUCGGAGGAGGCAUGCGUGAAUGUAAGACAAGACCCAUCAAUCAACAGCAACUGUUGAAUCGUUACUACAGGGUGUUUCGAACAUCCUGGUUCUAAUUUAGCAAAACAUCAAAUAAAAAACAACACUGCAGCGUGGUCUUGGUAAACAUUUAUCCCUGUUGUGUAAACGGGGCCAAUAAUAUUCCCUUCACCUUUAUUGGUUUUAAAGUUAUGGAUGAUAUAAUUUGAUUGGUGGAGAUAACAUUCCUGGGGGUGUUUUUCUCAGAUUUCCCAGAACUGUGUAGAAGCCCUUUCCCACUCCCAGAAAGAGCAGAAUGGUCACUGCUGGCUACAGAAACAAAUGGCCCGAGGAACUAAAUCCAUUCACAUUCCCUCUCGCUUCUUUUUCCGAAAAAAAUAUUUGUUCACAAACACUUUCAUUAUUCCUCGAGCCAAUGUUUGAAGAUGCUUACAUACGCCGAUUAGUCUGGGUGUCAACCGGUGCAUUUCUUCGACGUGAUCUGAGGCAUUUUUCUCCCAGCUGUUGCUCAGAUACUAAGCUGUGCAGUGAAGUGUGUACCCACUCUGAGAGGGAUCUGCAGGGAACGUCCCUGAGAUACACCAGGAAGUCACUAAGCCAGCAGCAGGAUGCUGCUUAGCAUUAGUUUGGUUUGGUACAUCAGUACUUGGAGAUGCAAUGAAAGGAUUUUUUUUGCCCAAACUAAACAAAAUUAAACAUUAAACAACAAGGAUCAUGGAGAGUGUAGGUGAUUUUACUACAUGUGACCAUGCAGCAUUAUUAUGAGAAGAUGAUCUAGGCAAAAAAAGUCAACUAUUUUAGGAAGGUGACGAUAUUUAUGAAACACUCAACAUUUUUAAACAUCCCAGCCGACAAACCAAUGAACUACUAUACAUUUACCUCAGCAGUGCUAUUCUAAUCAUUAAUUUUUUUCAGCAGAGCUAUUCUAAUCAUGAAUUUAUUUCAGCAGUGCUAUUCCUAUCAUGAAUUUAUUUCAGCAGAGCUAUUCUGAUCAUUAAUUGAUUUCAGCAGAGCUAUUCUAAUCUUGAGCUUAUUUCAGUAGUCAGUACCUCAAAAAUAUAUUUUUACCUCAGUAGUGCUACUCAGGUCACAUGUUAGUUAAAU